CCUGCACAAUACAGAUCUAUGUGUGUUACAGUCCUCCCCCCACCUCCCAAUUGUUUAGAAUAACUACUAAGCAAAGUGGCAGAGUAGGUACAGUGAAACGGCUGACAUCACUGAAAUUCUGUUCUGCUCCACAGCAGUUCAUUCGGUAAAGGUAGUGGACAUCAUUCAUUGGACAAGAGGAGUUCAGAGGAGGAUAGGUCCACAGAAAGCGGCUGUUAAGCAUCAGUUAUUGUUGAACUUCUCUGUGAGUCUAUUCUGAAACCAGGUGACAGCAAGAGAUGGUAAGUAAUAAUUACUAUUAUAAUCUGAUUAUGUCUACAUUUUCAACACCCAAGUAUUGAUCAUCAUUAUAAAAACACAGUGCUCAAAAGUCUGCAUUUAUUUUAUUGAUCAUUCUUUUAAAUAAUAUUUUUUUUAUAAGUGUGUGAAAUAAAAUGUCUUCUUUUUAAGAAAUACAAUAUUUUAAUAUUGCAAUGUUCUCAAUACGCUUCAUAAAUCAAUUUUAAGAUAUUUUAGAGCGUUAAUCAGAACUGCAGAUGUUUUGACAUUUGGUUUGACACACACAUACACACACACACACACACACACACACAGGUGUAUAAUGACACAGAUCAUGACUUGUCUUAUGAAACCAUAUAGUGUCAUGAUAACUUGUCAAAAGAGGUUAUUCUAAAAAAGCGUGUGCCCACUUGUUUAUCAACAACAGGCCUCUGAAGCAUGUCUCAUACAAAAUAAAUAGAUAUGUACAUAUUGUCUUUUAUCAAACAGACUGAGAUAAGACAUAGAAUGUCACUGGAGCUUAAGGGUUAAUUAUUUAAUUAAAAUAAUAAUUAUAAAAUAAUAAGUAAAAAAAUAUUUUAAUUAUUUAAAAUGCAAACAAGAUAAUGAUGAAAAAAAGGUCAUAGUAGUAUUCUCAUAGAACAUGUGUCAUGUCAUACUAUCGUGCAAAAAAUAAAUUUAAAAAAUUGAUUUACAUUGAUAAUUCGACAUUUAGCAUGCCCAGCAAUGACAAACCUCUUCAUUACAUGUUUUCAUUGUUUCUGUAAAACUAAUACUAUAAUAAUAAUAAUAAUUAAAUACUAUAAUAAUAAUUAUGAUUUUAUUUAAACCAUAUUCUGGAUGAGUCAACAUAUGCUUAAUAAUCCAAACAGGUCAGUAAUUUACCUAUACAGGAAAACUGAGCAAUCAGCAAGUUUUAGCAGACAGUUUUAAUUAUGUGUAGAAGAUAUUGGUGGCAACAAGUUAGCAUGUAUAAGAAUUGUCACACUAAAUAUUCCACAGGAGAGAAAAAGCCAUAAACUAUACAGGCACUGUCACUCUUGGGUGCCAUUGAAAGCAAGUUAAGGAGGAGUGGGGGGCAUUUGCCACAUUUUGUCCUACGCUGCUGACACCUAUGAAAACACAACUUGCUUCUUUAAUGGUCCAUAUUUAUUCUUAUUUAUUACUGAAAAUGAAAUCUCAUGCUUUUUAAUAAAUUAGUUCCAUUACAGAAACAAUAAUUGCUUUGUUUCUGCAACUAGACUCUAAGCAGGAGAGACGUGCAAAAAGGAUAGGGGAGGGUGUGUGGAAAAGAUGAUACACCUCGUCGGGAGGCAAAGGCAAGGUAGAGAGAAAGUGAUAGUGUUGGAGGAAGGGACAAUUUAAAGGGACACUCUUAGCACAAUAACUAGAACAGCUUAUUGUAGCAGUUACGGUAAAGUCCUAGUGAAACCAUUUUUGGGAUGAAAAAACGUGGCUCUCCCCAAUCAAAAUCCAGUCUCUGUGCAGCUGCCAAGACAAUAUAUAUAAUCCCACUUCUAUAUUCUCUGUACAAAUCGUUACAGACUGGUUAGAUAUAUUGGCUGUCAUUGAUGCUUAGUGGGUUCAUUACUGGAACAAUUAAUUACACCUAUUGUUAUCACAAUAUGGAGCGGUAUAAAUUCAAAUGCUGUCGCAGAAUGGUUUAGAAUUUUGUGAAAAUCUCUUUAUUUAAAAAUUUUACAUUCAAAUGAACCCUCAUUGCUCCUACGCGUUUGCUCAUUCUCUGAGCAAAGCUAAAGAUGGUUUACAAAAUUUGCAUUCAUGUCCCCUGUACUUCCAGGUAAAGUGUAAACACAAUGAUUUGUUUCAAGAUUUGCUUGAUGUCGUCAUGGCAUUCAUAAUUACAUUUAAGUGUGCAUUCACUUAUUAUUGAUUCUAGUCGUUAAUUAUAAAGAUAAUACAUUAAGCUCUACCCUUUAUUACAAAAUGACAGUGAAGGUCAUGUAGGAAAGAGAACAAUAUUUAGGGAAUAGUAAUAUUCCAGAGGGUUUGCAUAUAUAGAAACAAUAUACAUUUUAUAUUUGCACUUUUAACAAAUACUGUCAUUGUGACUGUGGCAGUAAAUGUCGAUGGGAAAAAAAUAAAGAAUUAAUUUUUGCACCUCUUUCUUAAGCAUUAUGAACAUCAAAACUCUGAACAAAAAAAACAAACAAAACAUUAAAACCGCACAAGAAAACAAUGGCGCAGCGAGGUAUUAUUUGGCAGAAAGACAUACUUAAAUAGAUGCAAAUUGCAAAAUACAUCACAAUAGACAUAUUAAAAGCAACUGCAACACGUUUAAGCCUAUUAUUAACCCUAUAUUUUUACAUUGUGCUACUGAAAUUGGCAACAAAUAUAUAGCUUAAAUAAUAUAGUUAUUUAAGUGUGCACUGUAUGUCUAUAAAGCAAGCGCAAUUAAAAUAAAAUUAAAAUAAAUGUAUCGUACUGAAUUCCAAUCUAAUGUACAUAAUGUUAUCUGAAAUCAUAUUGAUACAAAUGUAGUGAUGUUUUCAAAGUGAGAUCCAUCUUCGUCAGGAUUGCAUUUCAAAUACCAAUCAAUAUUUGGCUGAUGGGUACAUAAAACCAAUACAAUCAGCUUCACUUUGUCAUGUACCCUGGGACCUGAGGAGGGCAUUGCAAGUGACACCUAUAACAGGCAGGUCUGCCCACUUACUAAAACAACCAUACAGGGAGCGCUGCUGGAGCAGUCUCUGCAUGGUCCGCAGCAGAACGCGAGAGCAUUGAAUGAUGUGCUCGCGUUAUGCUUCCCGGGGACUGGGGACACCAGGGAUUUAAAUUGGGAUGGCAUGACAGGAUCCUGAAAGCAGCACUGUCCCAGGAUUGUUGGGUGGCAUGUGAGAUAAAACUUAAAGGAUCACUAUAGGGUCAGGAAGACAAACAUGUAUUCCUGACCCUAUAGUGUUAACACCACCAUCUAGCCCCCCUGAGCCCCUCAUGCCUCCAUAAAUAUAGCAAAAUCUUACUGUAUUCAAGCCAGAAGCUGUAGAUCUGCAUGCUGUUAGAUUCAGAAAAACAAGCUGUCUGCUGACAUCAUCAGAAGUGGUAGCCUGAUCCAAUCACAAUGCUCCCCUAUAGGAUUGGCUAAGACAGACAAGGAGGCAGAUCAAGGCAGAGCCAGCAUGAUUCAAACACAGCCCUGGCCAAUCAGCAUCUCCUCAUAGAGAUGAAUUGAAUCAAUGAAUCUCUAUGAGGAAAUUUCAGUGUCUGCAUGCAGAGGGAGGAGACACUGGAUUUUUGGAUGGAUUUUAGGCAGCCAUGACCCAGGGAGGAUCUCUAACAGCCAUCUGAGGAGUGGCCAGUGAAGUUAUCACUAGGCUGUAAUGUAAACACUGCAUUUUCCCUGAAAAGACAGUGUUUACAGCAAGAAGCCUGAAGGUAAUGAUUCUACUCACCAGAACAAAUUCAAUAAGCUGUAGUUGUUCUGGUGACUAUAGUGUCCCUUUAAAAUUUGUGCGUUCCUCUCCCCCACAGCCAUACCCCAUUCCCCCCUUCUCUCUCCCCCACUUCACUGCUUUUUUUUCAUCUUCCCUUUUGCCAUAAUCUAUACAUACCCUUAACACAUUUAAUCUCCAAAUUCUUUAGUCUUCCAUUCCACCCCCCUUUUGCCACUUUUGCCUUAUUCAUAAUCAUUUUGUCAUAUUCCCUAAUUUGUUCACCUAUUGUCAAAUUUCCCCAAUUCAUGUCCUCUUCCUCUCCAGUCCUGCUGAGGUUCCCCAUGGAAUUAAGAGAGAGUUAAAUGUGGUGAGUUUGUUACUUUAAAGUGCAUUUUCCACGUUUGUGAUACAGGAAGCAGGUCUGCAAUGUGAGGUCCUAUCCCAUCACCUGCUUCCUGUUUGAUAUGCAUCUGUCCAGGGAUGGCAGGGUGGAGUUUGCGCUACCUAGUGCAUGCCAGGUCUUCCAACACUAGACACCAGGAAAAUAGAGACUAUUGUGGCCCAUCUCCUUUUCGCAUAACACUGAGAAGCAGUUUGGAAAAAAAUACAAUGAAUUAUAUAGGCAUAUGCUUGUUUCACUAGCCCAAGAAGGAGUUUAAGCACUUAAGCAUCUGUGGCAUCUCAUUACAGAUCUAUUUAAAUUGUGAUAUCGGGUCUGAGCAAGUUAUUGGGGUAGUGACAUAGUUACAAAGCUGAAAAGAGACUUGCAUCCACCAAAAUGGCAGUGAGAUAGAUCCUUGGAUCAAACAGCUAUUACCCCACUAAUUAGAACAUUAUAUCCCUGUAUGUUAUGUUUUUGGAAGUAUUUAUCCAAUUGCUGUUUUAACAUCUGAUUGGACUCUGAUCAAACCACUUCUUCAGGCAGAAAAUUCCAUACCUUAACUGUAAAAAAAAUAAAAAAACCUUUUCUUUGCCUUAGAUAAAAUCUCCUUUCUUCCAACCUAAAUGCGUGACCUCAUUUCCUAUAUAUAGCCCUGUUUAUGAAUAGAUUUCCACACAAUAAUUUGUAUUGGCCCUGGAUAUAUUUGUAUAAUGUUAUAAUAUCCCUUCUGAGAUGAUGAUUUUCUAAAAUAAAGAGGUUUAAAUGUGUUAACCUUUCUUCAUAGCUGAUAUGGUCCAUUCCUAUUAUUAAUUUUGUACUUUUUGGACUUUUUCUAGUGCCAUAAUAUCCUUCUUUAGAUCAGGUGCCCAAAAUUGCACAGCAUAUUCAAGAUGUGGUGUAACCAGUGAUUUAUAAAGAGGCAAAUGAAAGAAUGAAUGCCCUUUUUUAUGCAUGACAAUACCUUACUGGCCUUAGCCACUGGUGAUUGACAUUGUACACCGUUGCAUAGUUUGUUGUCUAUAACAAUUCCCAAGUCCUUUUCGUGUGUUGUUAUCUCUAAUUUGCUUCCAUUAAGGGUAAACGUUGCUUGUGCAUUCUUUACGCCAAAGUGCAUAACUUUGCAUUUUUCCACAUUAAACUUAAUCUGCCAUUUGAGUGCCCAGUCCCCCAGUCUAUCUAAAUCCCUCUGCAGCAAAGUAAAGUAAUAAUACAAAAUCCAAAUAGAUCACAUCCACUGCAACAACCUGAUCUAUACUUCUACUUACUUAGUUAUUAUUUAUAAAGUGUCAACCUACUUCUUAGUAAUUCACUAAACAAUAAUGACAUCACAUGUUUUGUGUAUAGGAAGAGGUGAUGAGGACACAGUACAUAUAAAUUGCAUAACCUAGUUACAGGGUUUAUAGUAUUUGUAGAAAAGAAGGAGAAAUUGUGUUAGAGCCAACAACAAAAAAGGGGGUGAGGGGUUAUCAGACAGAUAUAGAGAUAGGAAUAAAAUGGUUAUCCAAUAUGCUUCCCUAAAGAAUUUGAGAAUUUAUUUAAGAUUUGUUUAAAGGACAGCACACUAAGAGAAGGUCUAAUGGGAAGAAAUAUUUCCUAAUAACUUAGUAGUCCUAGAGGCAUAUUGUAAAUGAAAGUGGAGUGCAGGGGUGGAAUCCACAAACACAAGCCAUUGGCAGAGCUAGGAACCAAGAUAGACUGUACUUUACUAAGAAUAAAGCAGUCAUGGAAGGCACAAUCGGUAACAAGGAUUUACAUUUAUAAUCUCAAAUGCAGAAUAAGAAUACACAAAGUAUUAGUGAACUACGUGGGGGAAAAGGUGAGGAGAUAAACUAGGUACCUGCUUUUGUAAUGGACUGUAAGGUGGAAAUCUGGCCAUGUAUAAGACUGAAGAAGAGUAGGGUGCAAAGAAAUAAAUGGAAAAAUCUGAAUGUAAAGAGUUGUAGUUAUGUUUUGUAGUAGAAAAAGGGAAAUAUGAGCUAUAUUUUAGAGUAAAAACAGCAACAGAACAUGGAAAUUGACUGGAUGUUAGGACUGAAUGACAAGUCAGAACCAAACAACUGGCAAUGUUUUGGUGGACUAAGAAUCGGGAAGUCAUCCAAUCAGAUGGAAAAGUUAGUUUGUGAUGUAAUCAAAGAAGCAAAAUGUUCUUUCUUUCUGAAUAAAUGGAUUAACAUUGCUAACAAUAUUCUUCCUAUUCUUACUACUUUCUAUCUCUCACACGGACUUGGGCACACCUUACCAGAAUUGAUCCCUUUGCUUUCUUUUUUUCCCUCCUGUUAUGUUCCCCUUUUCUAAAUGUUAUUGAUUAAAAAAAAAAAACUAAAAAAGAAUAUUUAAAAAAAAAAGUAGCAGGAUAAUAGAUUGAGGGAUUAUCUAAUAUCUUGGUGUCCUCAAUAUAGACUUUAUUAGAUUGCCAAGAGAACACGGUGACCAAAUAGGUGGACCAAACAGAGCUUUUAGGAACCCCAACUGGAAGAGGUAGCGUGGAGGAAAACCAGUAACACAAGAGAGAAGUGUCCAAGUUAUAAAUAGUGAGAUUAGGGGUGGUAUCCCCUUUGCUGCCAUAAUUUCCAAAGUAAAUUCACUGUGCACUUGAAUCUGAUUGAAAACGAAAGCAUUCUUCAUGUAAGCUCUGUGAGUAACAGCCAGGUGAGGUGUGGCUACAGCUGCAUGAAACAAAACAAAAAAGGAAAAUUUGCUUCAUACUUACCGUAAUUUUCUUUUCCUGAUAAUUUAUUCAUGGCAGCAUUUACUCAUGGGUUAGCUCCUCCCCUCAUAGCAGAAAGGACAGGAAACAGAACUCUGAAACUGGUAUAAAUAGAUCCUCCCCCUACCCAUCAGGCAGUCUUUGUUAUCUAGCUUCACAACUUUUAUAGUAUAUGGGUCGGAAUGUAAUUCUGCCAUGAAUAAAUUAUCAGGAAAGGAAAAUUACGGUAAGUAUGAAGCAAAUUUUCCUUUUUCCUGACCAUUAUUCAUGGCAGCAUUUACUCAUGGGUAAUACCCAAGCUGAAUAUAUAGAGGGAGGGACAGAGUUCAAAAACAGCCAAUAGCUAUAAAACCAUUAUUGGGCUGCAUAAACCUUAGAAGACUUUAAAAAAUGCCAAACCAGUAAUCAAUAGGAUAUUGUUAUAAAAUCUGUUCAGACAAGGUAAUUUACCAUAGCGGCUGCAAGGUCUGCAACCUCCUGGCAUUCAAAUGACUGAAAUAUCCUGAAAUGGCCAGAUAGGAAUUAAGGCCAUGACAGCCAAGCCUAGAGAAGGUACAAGGCUAGACAAACUCUCAUAAGCAAUAAGGAACCCAUCUUGUGAUGGAUUAAAAAAUUAAAUGUUCUUUUCUGAUAUAAAUUAAAACCAAUGGAUGACAUCAUCAAAUCAGAACCUUGAUAAAGGCUUGAUAAAGACAUAACUUCCAGAUACCAGUAUACUGGAACAAGCAGAUAAUAUUGGAUGAGAACAGUCACACCAUGCUAUUAAACAUGGGGAGAAUUACACUGAGAAUCCUACUACUUUCUGGAUGUAUUUUACUUACCUGUAGAUACAGGAAACAAAUCAAUAUUUGCCUGUCAGAAAGAGGCAGAGCACAAUAAUGACUAUAUAUUGCCAAACCAGACUCACAACAAUACCUCACACUGUGGAUGAAUUGAUACAGCAAUGAUCAGUCACAGGAGAGGUAUAAACCUAGGCAAAGGCAAGAAGAAUCAUAUACAGAUUAGAUGAAGACAAAAAUAAAUAUCGGUAUGAACCGUAGAAAUUGUGGCAACUAUUAAAUUAUAAGCAGGCCAACCACGUCAGUACCUACAUUCAAAUAUAAACAUAUUGUAAAUAGUACAGAUUAUGCUAAACCGUACUGUCAAAUUUAUUAGAGACUGAUGUGCAGUAUAAUAGGAGAUAUGGAAUAGGCAGGAUACUGAUGAGAAGGUGGUAACCAGAGGCAAAUUAUACAUUGUGGCAAUAGACACAUAAUAAGCAGGAUAGUAGGAGAUAUUCUGUUAUCCUUAGGAGAACAAACAACCGCAUACUUACUCUUACCUUAUCUUCAGAUAGAGAAGAAGUACUAUCGCAGAGCCUAUGGUGAUAAUAAUCAGUUUGUUUUAUCUGCAGGAUAUCAACACCGAUCCAAGCAUAUAAUCCACAGGUAUUACCUCCAUGCAAUGUUAAAUUGCUUAUCCUGAAACACCUGAGGGAGAAGGAAUCUAAUACAAAGCCAAAAGCAGUAUGUUUCCUUAUCUACUUCAUUUAAAAAAAAUGAAAUACAAAUUUCACAGUAGGUAAUAGUUACUUACCCGGUGCAACAGGGCAUUUGUUUUUGCUAGAAUGGGCUGUAUUACAUUUCAGCGUAAAACCCAGACCUUAGAUCAUUUGUAUUAUUAAAUCAACCAAGGCCGUGUAUAAACCAGCAUACAGAAUAUAUGAAUCACAUACAUUGUGGAUGUUUCUAACAGCACCUUAUGCACAGAUAUAUCAGUUACAUUUACUGUGUCUGUUCAAACAAUAAAUCAUACAUAACCUGCAUCUGCUAUAGGGUGGCACUAUGCUUGUACACAUAUUAAGUUUACAUGAGGGAGAAAUAGGUUAGACUCCUGAUUGCUGAAGUAGGUACCCAGGCUGGCGACUCUUACAGAUGUGCCGUUUGCUGGGUCUUCAGGGAUAAGAGGCUGAACCCUGGCCUGGCUUCAUGUAGGCAGUAUAUCACAUACAUCCCCUGAGGGGGUACCCAAGCUGGCCUGUUGCUGGGUCUUCAGGGAUAAGAGGCUAAACCCUGGCAUGCAGUGGACCAUUUUCAUCCCCAGAGGGAGAGGUUGGGUCUGACCCCCGGUCACUAAAGGGGGUACCCAGGCUGGCUACCUUACAAUAGUGCUUUGCUGGGUCUUCAGGGCUUAGAGGCUGAACCCCGGCAAGGCUACAAAAAUACUGCCUGGUGAGCAUAAAAGAAAAAAUCUAGGCCUGCAUAAACAGACUCCUUCCAAACUGCUGUGAAGGACAGGAAAAAAAGACUGCCUGAUGGGAAGGGGGAGGAUCUAUUUAUACCAGUUUCAGAGUUCUGUUUCCUGUCCUUUCUGCUGUGAGGGGAGGAGCUAACCCAUGAGUAAAUGCUGCCAUGAAUAAUGGUCAGGAAAGUGAUUUAACUCCUAAAUUGCAGAGAAUUGAAUCUGCAGGGACAUGAUCUAUGUACCAACACCGUUUUUUUAAUCUAAAGUUGUUUUCAUGCUUAGAGUCUUUCUUCGACAUUCAAACUCACAUUUAGGCUGAUGAUUUUAGAUUCAUUUAACUUUUACUGUGGUUCUGUAUUUAUUUUUAUUUCUGAUACGAAUUAUUUAUUUAUAAACUAUUUUACCAGGAAACACAAUAUAUACAAAAUUUAACAUAGAACAGGUAGGAAAUAUAUAAUCAACCAAUACAGGCGCAUUCUGUUUUGAGGUAUGUAGUGAGGGAUCUCUUAAAGGACUUUAGGCUUGGGGAAGAUUUGAAAGUGUGCGAGAGGUUGUUCCGUAAUUGCGGUGCUCUGUAGGAAAAGGAGGAUCGGGCUGCUUUCUUUUUGUAUUGAGGUAGACUAAAUAAAGUGCUGGUACUGGAUCAGAGGUUAUAGGAUGUUGGGGAGAGCAUUCUGCUCAGGUAGGGUGGGAGUUUCCCAGAAAAGCUCUUAAACACAACGCUGGAAAAAUGUAGGGUACGUCUGGAUUCCAGCGACACCCAGUUUAGUUCUUGUAGCAUGUCACAUGGUAGGUUACAUUGUAAUUACAUUGUAGCACAAAUCGGCAGAACGAGUUAUACAAUGUAUUGAGUUUAUUAAGGUGGGUUUGCGGUGCAGGUGCAUAUACUACAUCCCCAUAAUCAAUGAUUGGCAUCAGCAUAUUUAUUGUGUGUAAGGGUUGUGAGCAGUUUUUCUAUUAGAGUUAUUGAAUUCACAGCACAUUUUUUACUUGAUUUUUUUGUACUUUGUAUUUUAUCAGAAUAUUUAACUUGAUUAUUUUUAAGUGGAAGAGAUAAAUUGGGGAAGUAGCCCCGUUCUGUUCUCUGGUGCUCUUCCUUUUGUGACCAAAUUAUUAUUAUUUUAGUAAACUGUCCUCUAAUACCAGGCCUAUAAUUGUUAUGUUGUAUCUGUUGUUUCUGUCCCAUUCUGUCAGACUGUGUGCAACACAUGUGAAAUAACAUAUAGCUUGAAUAAUAAGUUAUUAUUAACAUCUGAAUAACUUAUUUAUCUUAAAUUCAUUUAUUGAACUUAUUUUUGAGUGGAAGAGGUGAAUUGGGGAAGAAGCCCCGUUCUGGCACUAUGUUCUCUGUUGCUCUUCCUUGAGUGACCAAAUUAUUAUUAUUUUUUAUUUUAAUUUAUUUCUUCACUUAGAAAACAACAGGCUCUCCGUUUCAAAGAUGUAACUUUAAUUUAUGCCAACAUAUAUAGAGAUCUGCCAUCAUACCCUCCAGCCUCCCAUUAACAUUAAACAUGGUCGUGUUCUUUUUGCCUUUACUAAUGUCCGCAGUUUAUAUUAAAACAGUCCCCCUCCAAUAAAGGCAGUUCCCAUAACGCAGGUGUUGCCUUGCCCUUUAGAUGAUCCUUGGCAAGCUUGGUGAAUAUCUUUUCAUUAUGCCAUGUUCACAUUCACUUACCUUACUGUGAAUAGGCAUUUUUUAUCAAACAAUGCGUAAGUCCUAAGUCUCAACAAGUGAAAUCCAACCUUCAAAAUGUAUUCACUGUUAGCGUAUUAAGAAACACAAAUAUGUUGGCCUCAAGCCUGGGUAUCAUUCAUUCUUUUCACAAAGCUCUACUCAGUCAAUUGGUUUUAAAUUACUUGCCAGUCUUUGUGUAUCAAUUUCCUUUUUUCGAGUUCUUUUGCCUUUGAUUGCUGAAAAUUAUUUUAUCAAAAAUAAAUAGCAAGACUAAAGGGUUUAAUAUAUAUAUAUAUAUAUGUACUGUACAUAUAUAUAAAUAAGUAUUGGGGGGGGCUAUGGGACGUAAAUGCCCUACCAUGUGAUAAAAUGUACAGUAUUCACUAUAGUCACAGAGAAAUCCCAGGCUUCUGUGUUGACGGACUGCAUAAAUCAUUUCUGACAUAAAAGCAGGCACUUCAAGCACAUUCCAGGUAAGAACACAACACAAGUCAUUUUGGUUUUAGCCUCAUUUUCAUGCCGUAUUAAUAUCCACAUUAUUUAGAUUUUUUUUUUAAAUAUAUAACUUUGUAGCUUUCUGCAGUGUAACUCCACCCAGUUAGCCAAUACUGCUCUUUUCACAAAGUAACUUCCUUAUUAGAUGUACUCAGCUCAGCCAUUGAGAGGCAAGUAAGAGCUGAGUUAAUGACAUUACUCCACCCCACAUUCAAUAAUGUUGCUUUUAUUAUCUGCCUCUUUUCUCUUAGCAUGGUUUUGAUAUACUAUACAAGAUAAGAGUACAGUGAUUGGUUGUGAGUGAAGUCAGCCCCUAAAUCUCUCAUUGGCUGAGCUGUACUAUUUAAAUUCCAACCAGUAAAACAUUUUGUGGUAAUGGAUGGCAUAGCUUAGGGGGCUUUAGCUCUGUUUCCUAUUCUCUAUCUCCACUUUUCUUUAUUCUGUUUACAUACUUUGUAUCCAACUCCCCCCAUUCCCUCUGAUCAUCCAUCCUUCCCUACUAGCCCCCCUUCUUUCUCAACACCAUAACCAAAGCACUGGGUAAUGGCAUCGCCAGGAUUUAGUAUCACUCACUUCAGUGUUAUGCUUCCAAGAUCUGCAAAACAUUUAUAUUUUUUCAGCAGGAGGAGAUUUGAACAGGGAGAAAAACACUGCAUUGAUAUUAGCCAAAAUCUAUCAAAUGUACUUAAAGGGACACUAUAGUCACCAAAACAACUUUGACUUAAUGAAGCUGUUGUUGUGUAUAGAUCAUGCCUCUUAAGUCUCACUGCUCAAUUACCUGCCAUUUAGGAGUUCAAUAACGUGUGUUUCUGUUUAUGCAGCCCUAGUCCCAACUUCCCUGGCUGUGACUCACACAGCCUGCAUGAAAAUAAUGGUUUCACGUUCAAUCAGAUGUAGCUUACUUAAAAAAAAUAUUUUAUCUCCUGCUCUCUAAAUUGAACUUUAAUCACAUUCAGUAGGCUCCUGCAGGGUCUAGCACGUUAUUAACAGAGCAGGAGAUAAGAAAUUCUAAAUUAAAUAGAAUUUGAAACAAAGGAAGUAUAAACAUUAGAUGACUUCAGAGGAAGCAUUAAGGAAGUCUGUGUAAGUCACAUGCAUGGAGGUGGGACUAGAGCUAUGUAAACAAAAUGAUUUAACUCCUAAACGACAUAAAAUUGAGCUAUGAGACUGCAGGGGCAUGAUAUAUACACCAAAACUGCUUCAUUAAGCUCAAGUUGUUUUGGUGUCUAUAGUGUUGGGAAUACAAAUGUAUAGUGUCCUGCUAAUGCUAUAGGCCAUACCCCUACCAUUUCAAAUGUAAACAUUUUAGUUGACUUACUAAUUAUAACCUAUGCAACUAAAAUUUAUUUUAGAACAAGAACAAUGUACUUUAUUGAAGAUCAAGAAGACCCAUUAAGGCUGAUAACAUUACAGAGAGAUCGUAUCCAAAUGAGUUUAAAGGAUACUGUUGUGCUAGGAGGGGGGAGGCAGGUAGAGCGGUAGUGCCAUGAAUAUUAUUCCUGGCACUACCGCUCUACCUGCCUCCCCCUCCCUUAUGCUCCUCCUCCCAAUUAAAUAAAGGGUUAAAAACCCUGUAUUUACUUACCUUUUCGCGGCGCCAAUGUCCCUUGAUGCUGAGUUGAUGUGCUGCCCCCUCUGACGUCCCGCGAUGAGCGGUGUCUAAUGCACAUGUGUAGCAAAUGCUGUGUGCACAUUAGACCUCCCCAUAGGAAGGCAUUGAAUUAAUGCUUUCCUUGGGGGGGAAAUAUGACACUGGAGGUCCUCAUGUAGAGCAUGAGGACGUCCAGCGUCAGAUAACAAACAAAAGGUUCUUUUCAAUUCCCUCUAGUCGCUGUCCGGUAGACUGCUACUGAGGGGAGAGUUAGAACUGCAAUGUAUAUAUUGCAGUUUCUAUGGAACUGUAAUGUUUUACAUUGCAGCACAAAGUGUAAAAGGGACCGUGCACCCAGACCACUUCAAUGAGGUGAAGUUGUCUGGGUGCUUACUAUGUCCCUUUUAUUUAUUUACACAAACAGGCAAAGGAAUCUGCUUACUAUUGCAAAAAUCCAUAAAAUACACAGUAUUAAAUGUCACCUUGGUUUCUGUUUCCAUUUUCACCGUGGGUUUCCAUUUUCACCGUGGGUUUUGGAAGUCAUCUCCAUCAUGGGACAUGUUAGGAUUUUUUUUAAUUUUUUUUAUAAUGGGAAGAUAUAGAGAAAGAAGAAGAUCUAUAGUAAAACUAUGCACCUUCUCCUCAACAGAAACGAAAAUGAUAGAAAAAUCUGAGUAACGCGGGUUCAAUGAAAUGUUGAAGAGGGACAGAAAACGGGUUAAACAGAUUGUGAAGAAGAUUGUGAAGCCUGUUAAAGAAGGCUCUGGUGUUGUUUAAAGCGACAUUGUAGACACCCAGACAACUUUAGCUCAUUGAAGUGGUCAGGGUGCAAUGUCCCAUGUCUCUUAACCCUACAGUGGUAAUUAUUGCAGUUUCUGAGGGACUUCCUAGAGGGACUUCCUGAAUUGAAACAGACCUUUGGUCUGUUAUCUGAUGCUGGACAUCCAGCGUCAGAUUUUUGCCUAUAGGAAAAUCCUAAUGGGAGCGCGGCCAUUGUCGUGCAGGCGCGUUAGGUCUUAGGAGGAGCAUGGGCGAAGCCUGACCCAACACCAAGGGACAUCAGGGCUGGAUUUAAGUAAGUGACUGAAGGGGUUUAACCCCUACAGCAUUGCGGGUGGGGGGCAGGAGGAGGAGGGAGUGAGGCAGGGGGCACUGUAGGACUCUAUAGUGCCAGGAAAACGGCUUUGUUUUCCUGGCACUAUAGAAUCCGGUUAAACACACCCGAUAUCUUAAUGCCAGUAUUUGACUUUGCAGUUUACACUAUAAAAGCAUUACUAUAAAAAAAAAUUAAUUUUUUACUGACUGCAGAUUAAAAUCCGAUAAUUUUUAUACCUUCUCGUCCCUUCGGCUGCCGGCACUGAAACAAUGGGCUCUCUGUGCACAGAUCAAGCUGACAGUAUGAGGAGGGAGCAUGCAUGUUUUAUAUGACCUGGACCUUCUUGCCUAUCUUCCUGCAGCUACGUCCAUACUCUGUCAGUUUCCUAGCUGGAUUUGUACAUAUAACCGCAGAGCUAUAGGAGCAGUAGUUGACCCGCCGGCCAUACAUUGGCUGACAUUGUCAGCUGACCUCUUUCAGCCCAUAAAUGCAAGUCUGCGGAUAGGAACAUUACACUUCUGGCAGCAAAGUAACUAACCUUCGUAUGUGCAGCGUUCCAAAGCGAAACACUGAACAUACAGACUCCAGGCACCAUGACCACUUUAAAUCAAUGAAGUGGUUAUGGUGCUUCGAGCAACCCUUGAAUGAGCAGAAUUCUGCAGAACGUUUAGCGGUUUUUUUUUUUUUGCAAAAACAAUGCAUAAUGGAGUAUGUAAAAAUACAGCAUAUUCUUUAGGUCGAAAGCUUUAAAAUGAAUCGAGUUAUAUUGAUGCUCGGAGUGUCCAGUGUUUAUCUAUUCUAUUUAGAUCUUGUUCCAGUGUAUUAAAAAUAAAUCAAACAACGUGAAAUCAUCUAUUCCUGAUAUUUACGUUUUCUUAUUAGUGUGUGCUUUCCUUCUGACGCAGGCAUCAGGUGUUCGAGUUGAUGAUUCUGUUAUCCAGCUAUUUCAAGAAAUGAAGCUCAUGAGAUCUGGGAAAAAAGCUGUGUUUUUUGGAUUCAGUAAAGAUGAGAAAUUCAUCAUUGUGGAGAAAGGGAAGGAAAUUCUUUCACGAGACUGCAACGGGGACUUCUUCUCACGAUUAAAAUCAAUGUUUCCGGAGACCAAGUGCAGCUACGCUUUACUGGACAUAGAUUACAUAACUGGUGAAUCAAAGAAGCAGGACCUCAUUUUUGUAUUAUGGUAAGUUAAAAACUACCAUCCAUGUUACAGUAUGAAAAAAAAUUAACGAAUGAAUAUUUACUGAAUCAAAAUGUAAUUGAUACAGGUUUUAUUUUAACUUUUAUGUAGAGAAGUCAUAUAAAUGAGCCUCCAAUUGUAUUUUAUUUUAAAAAUUGACAUAUUUUAUAUAUAUAAAAAAUAUAUAUUUACUUAUUUAUUUUUUAAUUCAAUUUAGGUAUUUACUAAAGGCAAUUUCAGGGCAAACUCAGAAUGUAAUUCCAAAUGUACAAAUGCAAUUCAGAACAGUUAUUUUUCUGAUAAGAAGAAGAAAUUGAAUCAAUGUUGACCUUAAAUUUGGGCAUUCAGAGGCAGAUCAUUUAAAGAGAAACUUUGACUUCAUAGAAUUUUUUAUAUUAUGUUUGCUCAUCCCCUAUUUUACCAAAUAUAUUUGUGAGCUAUAAAAAAUAAAACCAAAUGUAGAAAUUCACACAUCUUUACCCUGCCACUGCGCGCCUCCAUCUUAGCUCCCUGUCAGUCAUCGCUAUUAGCUCUGACCUCUGCACCCAGCAGUGACCAUAGACAAAGUAUACAGAGAAUAGAGAAAUUAAACAAUGUGUACAUUGGCUGUGCCUGGACUGAACUCAUUUGCUUAAUCUUUAAUCGAAUAUAAGGGGGGGGGGGGGAAUGGACCAUAUCAAGAAAAACAGAGUUACUGGUGUUUUUAAAUGUUUUAUUCAGUGGUGCUACUCGAGUGAUUGAGUUACAACAAAUAAAAAAGUUUAAAAAAAGAGCCCACACUGUAUCCCAUAAUAACCAUGAUGUUAUCAAACUCCCCUACUUCAUGUGUCAAAGGUGAAGGGUAUAAAAUGUGCACAAUAGCCCAUAUAAAGGCCAAAGGCUUAGGUUGCAGAUAAUUCCUUAUGCCUUAUUCAAAUCGAGGUCUACAGCACAGCUAGACUGCUAUUAGAACAUAUUUUUAGCUAUAUAUCCCAGAGGAAGCUCCAAAUUUGUAUAGAGCCAUCCAUUUCUAGUUACAUAGUUACAUAGCUGAAAAGAGACUUGCGUCCAUCAAGUUCAGCCUUCCUCACAUUUGUUUUUUGCUGUUGAUCCAAAAGAAGGCAAAAAAACCCAGUUUGAAGCACAAUUUUGCAACAAGCUAGGAAAAAAAUUCCUUCUUGACCCCAGAAUGGCAGUCAGAUUUAUCCUUGAUCAAGCAGUUAUUACUCCUAGCACAGUGAUUAUAUCCUUGAAUAUCUCUGGUUCUUGCAAGUAUGCAUCUAGUAGCCGUUUGAACAUCUGUAUGGACUCUGAUAAAACCACUUCUUCAGGCAGAGAAUUCCACAUCCUGAUUGUUCUUACAGUAAAAACCUUUCCUUUGCCUUAGACGAAAUCUUUCUUUCUUCCCAGUCUAAACGAUGGCCUCGCAUGUAAAGUCCAGUUUGUGAAUAGAUUUCCACAAUAUGUGGCUUGUAUUAAAUAUAUUUGUAUAAUGUUAUCAUAUCCUCUGGUAUUUAAUUCUUAAACUAAAUAGGUUUUAAAUUUGUUAACCUUUCUUCAUAGCUGAUAUGUUCCAUUCCUUUAUUAAUUUUGUAGCCCGCCUCUGCACUUUUUCUAGUGCCAUAAUAUCCUUCUUUAGAACAGGUGCCCAAAAUUGCACAGCAUAUUCAAUAUGGGGUCUUACCAGUGAUUUAUAAAGAGGCAAAAUGAUAUUCUCGUCCCGAGAAUGAAUGCCCUUUUUCAUGCAUGACAAUACCUUACUGGCCUUGGCCACUGCUGAUUGACAUUGCACAUUGUUACAUAGUUUGUUGUCUAUAACAAUUCCCAAGUCCUUUUCAUGUGUUGUUAUCCCUAAUUCGCUUCCAUUAAGGGUAUACGUUGCUUUUGUAUUCUUUACGCCGAAGUGCAUAACUUUGCAUUUUUCAACAUUAAAUUUCAUCUGCCAUUUGAGUGCCCAGUCCUCAGUCUAUCUAAAUCCCUCUCAGCAAAGUAAUAUCUUGCUCACAUUGUAUUGUUUACAAAGUUUGGUGUCAUCUGCAAAACACUGAAACAUGACUUUCAAUGCGGUCUUCAAGAUCAUUUAUAAAAAUGUUAAAUAGAAGGGGUCCCAGAACAGACCCCUGAGGGACACCACUUGCCACCUCUGUCCAGCUUGAAAAUUUACCGUUAAUGACAACUCUUUGUACUCUGUUUUUAAGCCAAUGUUCUACCCAAGAACAAGCAUUUUCAUCUAGACCGAUUUCCUUGAGUUUGAACACUAAUCUAUUGUGUGGAACUGUAUCAAAUGCCUUGGCAAAAUCCAAAUAGAUCACAUCCACGGCAACACCCUGAUCUAUACUUCUACUUACUUCUUCGUAGAACGCAAUCAAGUUAGUUUGACAUGACCUGUGCUUCAUAAAACCAUGCUGAUUUUUGCUGAUAACCAUGUUCUUCUCAAGGAAUUCUUGAAUAUUAUCCCUUAAUAACCUUUCAAAUAUUUUACCAGCCACAGAAGUUAAGCUCACAGGUCUAUAAUUUCCAGGCAAGGAUUUUGAACCCUUUUUGAAUAUAGGAACCACAUCUGCCUUCCUCCAAUCCUCCGGAACACUUCCUGAAAGAAAAGAAUCUUGAAAGAUUAAAAACAGAGGUUCACUUAUUUCUGCACUUAGUUCCUUAAGUACACGUGGAUGGAUACCGUCAGGCCCUGGAGCUUUGUUUAUAUUAACUUUCUUUAGUUGCUGCAGCACCUUGUCUUGAGUUAACCAAUUACAAUUAUUCUGCAAGUUUUUAGUAGCAAUCAUUUGCACAUCUAUUGCCAUGGGUUCUUCCUUAAUAUAUACGGAGGAGAAAAAGUUAUUUAAAAUUCCUGCCUUUUCCUGGUCUUCAUUAAUUAACACCCCCGUUUCAGUUUUUAGUGUACCUACACUUUCAUUUUGUUUUUUUUUAGAAUUUAUGUACUUAAAAAAUGCUUUGGGGUUGGUUUUGCUCUCUUCAGCUAUCAUUAUUUCAUUUUGAAGUUUAGCAAGUCUAAUUGCCUUUUUGCACGCAUUAUUUGCAUCCUUAUAUCUUUUAUAAGAUGCAUCUGAUUUGUCCGAUUUAAAUGCUUUAAAUGCCCUUCUCUUAGUUGUAAUCUCUUGUUUUACUUCUCUACUAAGCCAUGUUGGUUUUAAUUUGUUUCUUUUAUAUUUAUUUCCCAAUGGUACAUACUGAGAAAUGUACCUUUGUAAUAUUUGUUGGAAGAUGAUCCAUUUAUCCUCAGUGUUCUUUUCACUAAAGAGUUUAUGCCAGUCAAUAUAUUGUAAAGCUUCCCUUAACUUAUUGAAAUUGGCCUUUUUAAAAUUAUAUGUUUUAGUAUUCCCCAUGUGCUUUUGUUUUUUUGAGUUUAUUUCAAAGGACACUAUAUUGUGAUCACUAUUUCCCAAGUGCUCACCUACUUGAAUGUUGGUCAAAAGAUCAACGUUGUUUGUUAAAACCAGGUCCAGACAAGCAUCCAUUCUAGUUGGUGCUUGUACAAGUUGUGACAUGAAGGUGUCAUUUAACAAGUUUAAAAACCUAAUUCCCUUUGCUGAGGCACUAGUCCCUCUGUCCCAAUUUAUAUCCGGGUAAUUAAAAUCUCCAAUAAUUAAAGUGUUACCCAGAUUUGCAGCUUUCUCAAUUUGCUCAAACAGCUGUUGUUCCUCGUCAAUAUUAACAUUAGGUGGUUUAUAACAUAUCCCAACCAAUAGUUGGUUUCCCUUCUUUUCCCCCAAGCAGAUAUUUACCCAUAAAGCUUCCACAUUAUCCUCCUCGCAUUCCAUUUGCUUAACAUUUGGCUUUAAAUCAUGUUUGACAUACAAACAUACCCCACCACCCUUCUUGUUUUUCCUAUCCUUCCUAAAUAACAUGUACCCAUUUAAGUUAGCUGCCCAGUCAUGUGUCUCAUCCCACCAUGUUUCAGUUAUGCCUAUUAUAUCAUAUUGUUUAGUGUAUGCUAAUGCCUCUAGUUCCCCCAUUUUGUUAUUUAGGCUCCUUGCAUUAGUAAGCAUACAUUUAAUAUUAUGCGCCACUUGUAUAUUUUGUGAAUUUUCACCAUUACACAGCUUCUCUGUUCUGAGCUUGCCCCUCCCCCCGUUUCCACCCCCCUUAUACUGUGCUAAAGCCCAUCUCCUUUCUGUCCUAUCUCCAUUUUGUAGAUUGCUAUGACCCUCCCCCCCUACUACUAGUUUAAAAUCUCCUCAAACCUUCUAGCCAUCCUAUCCCCCAGCACUGCAGACCCUCUCCCGCUUAGGUGCAAUCCAUCACCACUAUAAAGGUUGUACCCAAUCGCAAAGUCGGCCCAGUGCUCUAAAAACCCAAAACCCUCCUUCCUGCACCAAGACUUAAGCCACGCAUUGACCUCUCUAAUCUCCCGCUGCCUUUCCACUGUAGCACGUGGCACAGGUAAUAUCUCAGAGAAUACCACCUUGGAGGUCCUUUUCUUAAGUUUGCUACCUAAUUCCCUGAAAUCAUUCUUUAGGACCUUCCAUCUUCCUCUUACUUUGUCAUUGGUACCAACAUGGACCAUGACCGCUGGGUCAUCCCCAGCCCCUCCCAAUAAUCCAUCCACUCUGUCAGCAACAUGCCGGACCCGAGCACCCGGGAGACAGCAAACUGUCCGGUUGAGCCGAUCAGAGCGGCAGAUUGCCCUAUCUGCUCUCCUAAUGAUAGAGUCCCCUACCACCACAACCUGUCUUGCCUUCCUUACAUUUUGAUCCCCACCCGUACUAGGGGGGCUGUUAGCUCGGCUGUUAGAAGUAACAGCUUCCUCUAAUACAGCUACUCCUGAGCUGAUGCUCCCAACAUCUUCCCUCAAACGGGCAAAUCUGCUAGGUUGCACCAAAUCAGGACUAGCUAGCCCUUUCCUCUUCCCUCCCCCCCUGCUUCCUCGCCCCACUGUCACCCAGCUACAUGCCUGUUCCCCAUCUGUCUUAUCUCCUCCCUCUCCACUACCUGUCCCCACUAAACUCUGCUCAGUGAGCAGUAGACUCCUCUCAAGAUUGUCAAUCUCCCUCAAUGUUGCGAUUUGCUUCUCGAGAUCUCCAAUCUGAGCUUCCAGAGAAGCCACUCGCACACAACCAUCACAGAGGUAUGGACCCUGGACGGGUACAUCCAGGCAUCUAUACAUGCAACAAGAUGUGCAUUGAGUUAAACCAGCAAUCAUGCUAACACUCAUUUCCCCUUUAAACAGUAAAUAAAAACAAUUACCUUGAUAGUUUAAACCCCCUGCUUGUUUGAACUCCUGGUUUUCUAACUCCUACUUGAAAGAGUCUACUUAAUAGAGGCUGCUUUCAAAUAAUGUGUUCUCGUUGUGUUCUCGUUAAGACUGUUUUAUGUAGUAUUAGCAGCAGUUACUAUUUUAAGGGACAGAAUAAAAGUAUUACAAUUCAGGUUAUGGUACAAGGAGGUCACCUGUUCCUGUCGGUCUGCGUUUUGUGUCAUUUAACUGAAGUGUUUUAUCGUACACUCCAUGGCUGUGUAUAUGUUGUAUGGAGUCUUUCCACAGAGUGGACAAUGAAUAAUUUGUGGCUGAGGAAGCCCUUUUUGCAAGAUUACAUUUAUGAUUUCGUUUAUGGAUAAACAUGAAUGGAGCUAUCUCUAAGGUGAAAUAUAAUGGUAAUGUCGGGAUUGUAAGACUUUCAACUACUUGCUUUGUAUUCCUAAAUUUCAAAUACAGCUUUGUAUUCCUAAAUUUACAGUGUUUCUUUAACCCUGCAAUGUAAACAUUGCAGUUUAUAGACAUACACAUUUAUAUAUAGUUCAGCUAGAUAUUUUCAAGAUAAUACAUGCUGUGAUUUAGAAAGAUGCAAUAAAACCAGCCUUGAAUUGAUGUAACAGGUAUGGACAGGCAGGUGAACAAUUAUGACUUUGAAAACACCCAGCUAAUCUUUAAUUCCCCAAGGAAUCAGUAGGCCCCCAUGGGCCAUGCCCAGGUAAAUGCAGCUAUCUCCCAUGGCCAUACAGAACACAGUCAGGCAUGGUUUAGCAGUGUUUAGAAUUAUUCUUUUAACAACUGCCUCAUGUGACACAGUAACAGUCACACUUCUUAUAAUGCAAAAACUCUCAGGGAUUUUAUCAGCUCUUUUCUAAUUGUGUCACAAUCAAAUAAUUAAACUACUCAUAGUGCUUGAGGGAUUUUAUUUAUUAAUCUCCACUGCCCUUGAGAAAAAAUGGCCGUAAAUGAGUCUGUUUACAAAUCGUUGACUAGAUCUAAAUGAUCUCCCAUGGUUUCUUUCCUCGUAACAUACGGAGAACCACCUUGGAUAUUUACAAAGAUAAAUUCAGGCUAAUCCAAAUGUGACUUACCCGUUUACAAUAGAACGUGGCAUUAAGCCAGGUGUAAUGGCAGAUCUGUUGAAAGCUUCUCUGAGCAGCCGGUCACAGGGGAAAAAAAUGAAACUUGAGUUCUCACAGACUAAUUCUACACGAGUUCACUAAAGUUAUAUUACAUUGUCCAAGUUUCAGCUGCCCAGCAUAGUUCUCAGAGUUUGGUGAAAAUUAAUUUAAGCUUCUUGUAACCAGAGGAAUUUAUAAUACAAAAACCAUUAUUUUGUACAAGAAAAAAAUAUUGUUGUAUGUUUAGAUAAAAAUAAAAGUCUUGUCUAUUAAAGAAAGUAGUCCUUGUUGUGCCUGACAAUAUCAUUUGAUUGUGUUGUAAUUUAAAAAUGUUUUAAUUCUUUAAUUUUUGUUAUAAUGCAUUUGAAGUGCAUGGGUGCUUGUGAAGGUCUCAAGCAGUGCAAUCAGGUGGUGCUCUUAAUGGUGUCUUUAUAGUAGGCCAUAUCAGACGCAAUAUUCUUGCGUAGAUCUGCCAACAUCCACUGGCACUGUAAACAGGUCUCCGGAUUUAGAAGGUUUGGAUUUAUGCUCCAGGAGGAGGUUGAAUGAUGCCCCCUCGCCAGCAUUGAUAAACAAUUUCUCAGAUGAAUAAGAAGAUAGUUGGUCUGCCAGCUCCAUCUUGUCCCAUUCAGUCUUUUGCAAGCCCCGCAACUGAUCUCCUAUAUCCUUGCUGGUAGGGACUUUAUUGGCUCUUGAUUUAUUUUUGUUUUUUGGCCCAUUAUUCUCACCUAUAUUGAUUGCAAGAUGUGUUAUAGAUUUAGAGCCCAGAUUCCACCAUAAAACUUUGUUUUCCUGGGGGGCGUGGCUUGACGGCUCACCAAGACGGUCGCAUGAGCGGUUAGCUCCGUGCGACACCAACCCUGCACAGCGAAUAGAGAAGCAGUGGGUAACCUAAACCCCACACAGACAGUCAUCGAUGCCCGUGACCACCAUGGCAUCUAAAUCAGCUAAGAAGCUGAAGCAUAAACAGCCCGCGUUGCUGGUUUCGGCGCUGACACUGCCACGAGCACAGGCCCAAGAUGGCGCCGACACGCCACACUCGCCAUCCGCGUACUCGGACCGCAGCGACCUCACCUGCAUAUCGGAACCAGCGGAGACACCUGCAACCGACCUCUCCAUCCACAAAAUGUUGCAAGCUCUGCAAACAUCCCUUCAGGCCGACAUGAUGAAAAUGUCGCGCGACAUCAAAACGGAAAUCCAAGCGCUUGGAGACAGGACAGCGCACCUCGAGGACAAGACAGAUGAGGUUAUCUCUGCCCACAACACCCUGGCAGAUGCCUACACCGAAUUGAGAGACAAACUGGACUACCUCGCGGGUAAGGUCGCGGAUCAUGAGGACAGGGAUAGGCGCAGUAAUAUACGCCUCCGCGGCAUCCCUGAAGAGGUUCUCCCACAAGACCUUCAAACCUAUGCUGUACGCCUCUUCCAGGCCUUGGUUCCUGGCCUGACACAACAAGAAUGCCUCAUCGACCGCAUACAUCGCUUACCGAAGCCUAAAUCUCUCCCAGCCUCAAUCCCGAGGGACACCAUAGCGAAGCUCCAUUACUACACCAGCAAAGACAAAGUAAUGAGGGCUGCAAGGACCUCCAAGGCUAUACCGGAAGAAUUUGCAAGCGUCCACCUUUUCACCGACCUUUCUGCUGCAACCCUGCUGAAGCGAAAAGAGCUGGCCUGCAUCACCAAAUCUUUGAGGGACGCCAAUGUCCCCUACAGAUGGGGAUUCCCAACCCGCAUAACCAUCCGCCGCAAUGGCGUUGACCGCCAUAUCACCUCGACAGACGAAGGACUUACGCUCCUGAAAGAAUGGGGCAUCACCCCAUCGCAACCUCCCCAGCAGAAUGCCCAGAUGAAGCCGCAAAGAUCACGGUCACCGAGAAAGAUCCCGACAGAUUGGAACGUGAUGUCUACAGAUAAGUGAAACGAACUGACACUCUGUUUUCUAACAUAGCGGGGCACACUAGCCUAACACACUCACCCAUCAGGGUCAUGGACUAUAUAUUUUUUUUUUUUUCCCUCUCUUGGGCUCAACGCCACGCUUAGUACUGUUUUUCCACCUUGCCUAUGCCGCACAUACACUUAUUAGGUGAUCGGCCGCUGAGGCUGAGCCUUGCUGCCAUGCCCGGGCCUUAGACCUGGGCCCGGCCAUGGCAGUGACGCACCGGUUAUAGCACAAACAGUUCUCUAUACAAUCUCUAUGUCCCGUUGAAGUUUAAUGUCUGCUGUAUUGUUUGUAUACAUAAUGCUCCGCCCCCACUCCCGCAAGACGCACUUGCCUGACACUGACACCGCUACAAUGGCGGACGCACUGUCAUUAUACAUCAACAUGAGCCUGGCAUUGCCUCACUAGCCUCCUCUGUGGCACGCGCACGGUAGGUGGUGGCCAGGCAAUCUCAGUAGGUGGCACCUCAGACAAGCAAUUGGGCAUCAUGCUCUAACGUUGUAGGAUACUGUCCACAUGCUACCACACCCACCAUCCUCAUUGGGCACUGUGUUGGCUAAGGGCACGGAAACGAUGAGAUCGCCCUCUACUGUCCCACCCGGACUCAAUACUACCCUCUCAACUAAGCUGGGAUCCCCCAAGGGUAUAACAUGGUGAACGGAAUUGAGGUUACCCCUCUUUACUUAGCUCAUCAGGGUGGUAAGACCUGUCAACUCCCACCACCCCCCUAGGCUCAACCGAGCCCUCUCAACACCGCCUAUGCCCCAGGGCGCUCCAACCGGCGUUUUUUUGUAUAUAGUUCUCUAUUAUCACCUGUUUCAACAUUCGAUAUGUUUCUGUUUUCCCCCCUCCCACCCUCUUCUCCCCAAACAACGUAUACACGUUAUCAGGAAAGCACAACGACCAUAUAACGUGUUAAUAACAAGCUCUGUUGACAUUUUGGGGGGCAUGGUUCCCUCGCCACAUCUGCAAACGCACACUACCCAAGCAGGACACCCUAACACGAGCGCCAAACCCCUUCAACUGGUGGACCUAGUCCCACCACUGAGUGACACAGCAACCGCUCCCCUCCCACCAUGACACUCAAGAUUCUAUCCCUGAACACGAAAGGCCUCAACUCGCCACACAAGCGUAGACUGGCACUUGAAGAAGCAAAAAAACACAAAGCCCAAAUCGCCUUCUACCAAGAGACCCAUUUCAAAUGGGGCGCACGUCCCAAAUUCUGCUCCAAUGCAUUCCCUCAUGAUUUUCACUCCUGCUACAAAAAAAAGAAGCGGGGAGUGUCCAUCUUGAUAGGGAAAGGAGUAGCUUUCUCAUUACUUAAGAAAACAGGAGACAAGCAUGGGAGAUAUUUGCUACUCCAAUGCUAUAUAAACAAUGAACCGUACACGCUUAUCAACAUUUAUGGCCCACACACUAAUCAGACGGAAUUCACAGACAAAAUUUUCGCCCUAGCGAGUGCACAUAGAUUUGGAACUUUGGUUAUUGGUGGGGACACUAAUUUCCUCCUUGAUAGCUCUCUAGACUCCACAUCUACCGCUAGGCUGACCAACACAUCCGCACGUAAAUCGCACAAAAUCUCGUCGUUGCUCUGCAACCAGAUUCUCCAGCACAACCUUUUAGACCCUUGGAGAGUCCUCCACCCGCUAGAGCGGGAUUAUACCUUUCACUCUUUAGCCCACAAUACAUACACUAGAAUCGACAGGUUCUUAAUUCCGACAACGUUGAUGCAGGCAGUUCAGACAGCAGAUAUAGGUCUUGUAACUUGGUCAGACCAUGCCCCAAUAACCCUAACCUUACGGGAAGCCUGCUCCGCUGUGGGCAAAGGAACAUGGAGGCUGAAUGACUCCCUGUUGAGGGACCCUAAAAUUGUAGACCAACUCAGAGUAGACCUCACCGACUACUUCAAAAUGAACCUAACCCCCGACGUAGACGUGACUACUGUCUGGCUGGCACACAAGGUGGUGAUAAGGGGUCUUCUGAUUAGACCGGGUAGCCACGCUAAAAAGCAAAGACUCAAAGACUACUCGACCUAAUUGCCCGGAUAACUGAUCUUACACAUAAAAAUAAAACACACCCCACGCAAAUACUGUGUCAAGAGCUGUCCGUUCUACAUACCAAAAUUGGUACCCUGGAGCAAGCCAAAACCACUCACAUACUCCAACGUUAUAAAAAUAAUUUCUUCUCACAAGGGAACAGGGCGGGUGCUCUAUUAGCCGCAAGACUUAAAACACGCACGGCCCACUCCAGAAUAGCAUAUAUCGUCACGGCUACAAAACAGAAACUCACAAACCCUCAAAACAUAGUUGACGCAUUUGCAGAGUACUAUAGCAAACUCUAUAACCUUAGAGAAGACCCCAAGAUCACACCACCAUCCACGCAAGACAUUCUUAAUUUUCUAGCACAAUCUGACUUACCCAAACUAUCCCAAGAAGACAUAUCUUCCCUCACCGCACCGUUUACCACUCAAGAGGUAGAUGCUACAAUCAAGCAGCUUCCUAAACACAAAGCACCAGGCCCAGAUGGCUACACCAACUCCUACUACCAGACCUUUGCCCCCAUCCUAUCGCCACACAUAUCUGCACUCUUCAACCAAUGCUACUCACAAGGGGCCCUACCCUCCGAAAUGUUAAAAGCCCAUAUCUCCACCCUCCCAAAACCAGGCAAACCUCAAACACAGUGCCAAAAUUUUAGACCCAUAUCUCUACUGAACGUAGACGUUAAACUAUAUGCUAAACUUCUAGCCAACCGGUUGUCUACUAUCCUCCCUACAUUAAUACACAAUGAUCAGUCAGGCUUUGUCAAAACGAGACAGGGCUCGGAUAACACAAGGAAGAUCUUAAACAUCCUAUCCCACACACAUAGCGCUGGGGGAAAGGGCCUUCUCUUAGCGCUAGAUGCGGAGAAAGCCUUUGACAGGCUCAAUUGGGACUACAUGCAACAGGUCUUAAGGGCAUUUGGCUUCACAACGCCCAUGAUCUUGGGCAUUAUGGCGUUGUACAACACCCCAACGGCUCAGGUUUCCAACGCUGGCUUUCUCUCCACCCCAUUCAAAAUAACCAACGGCACACGCCAGGGGUGUCCUUUGUCCCCAUUAUUAUUUGUCCUUUCCCUAGAGCCGCUAGCGCAGAUAAUCAGACGCCAACCCGAAAUUAAGGGCAUGGUGGUGGGCAAAUCCGAGUACAAACUGUCCAUGUUUGCGGACGACAUUCUCUUAACAUUGAGUGACGUGUCCUCGUCCCUACCCGCUUUGAUGCUGCUCCUAAAACGCUAUGGCGACCUGACAUACUAUAAACUAAACCAAAAUAAAACCCAAGCUCUACCCAUAGGCCUUACUAAAGACUCAGUGCAGGGCCUCAAAACUAUACACGACUUUGACUGGAGGUCUGACCACAUCACCUACCUUGGGGUCAAAAUCGCGUCCACAACUGAACUAUACCAAUACAACUAUAAACCACUCCUCAACCUAUGCAAAUCUGAGUGUCUAAGGUGGAAACCAGUCAAGCUAUCGUGGCUAGGCAGAAUCAACACAGUAAAAAUGGUCCUCCUUCCUAAACUGCUGUACGUUUUCCGUCUCCUACACCUACAGGCUCCACCAAUGUUUUUUAAAUCACUCCAAAAAGUGCUGUCCUCUUACAUAUGGGACGCCCAUAGACCCAGAAUUUCCCAACGCCUCCUCCAGAACCACCAGACGGAUGGGGGAGUAGGCCUACCAGAUAUAUACACAUAUUAUAAAGCUGCCGUCUUAGAAGCGGCAGUAAAAAUACACACCUCAAAAGGGGUCUACCAAUGGGUAGACAUGGAAAUUGAUCAACUCAAUAGCACAUCCCUAGUAAAUAUGUUCUGGACACCUAAACCACUACGCCCCAAAAACAUAACACUCCUCCCAACCACUACGCUAACACUACACCACUGGGACAUGUUACGCCAGAAACAAACUGCACCUCACAAAUACCACCCACGUUCCCCGCUGACAGCCCUGAAAGCGUUAUCACCCUGGCUCUCACUGAACUCAUGGGCUAAACUGGGAAUAACCACACUCGAUCAAGUCCUCCAGCUGAACCGCAUCAAACCCUUUCCAGACUUACAAAGGGAAUUUCACCUACCUAACUCCUCAGUGUUUCAAUACAUGCAGCUCAAGAGCAUUCUACCCACUCAUGUCUCCCACACAGCUACAGUACACAAUCCAGAUCCACGGGAUCUGGAGACUUUAUAUGACAGGUGCUGGAGAGCCCCAACCAAACCCAAAUCCCUUGCCGCUUGCUACAAAGUCCUUCUACGAACCUCACCACCUCCACCCCCCAUAUUUGUGACACAAUGGCUAAAGGAAUACACAACGAUCUCCAGCAGGGAAAUACUAGCGUCUCUUAAUGCACUCAAAGGACUAACGCAAUGUUACUCCCACUUCGAAGCGCAUAAAAAACUGGUGUAUAGGUGGUACCUAACUCCCCAACGGCUUCAUCAAAUGUAUAAAACGGUUCCCCCAUACUGCUGGAGAUGUGGGACGGAAAGUGGAACGAUGACACACAUUUGGUGGUCAUGUCCACGCAUCCGCCCGCUGUGGCAAGAGGCGCAAACUAUACUGCGAACCAUAGGCAUCACAACACCACCCCUAGAUAUACACACAGGUAUAUUUCUGACAUGCCCCAACCUCUAAACAAAAAAGGUUAAAGUUAUAAUGGCAGUGAGAAAUCUAAUCGCAAAUCACUGGAAGCUACCACGCUGCCCCUCUAAGACUCUCCUAGUGGCCAAAAUCCACCAAUACUAUACCCACGAGUGUUUAUCCACCCAAACAGCGGCACUUAAAGUGCGCCUCCUAGCAACUUGGGCCCCGUGGGUAGAGUAUUGGGAGGGGCAACCCACGAACCCUUCCUCCUCACCCCACCAGUGCAGCCUUCUGAAAAACCCAACACCUACAGACUCGGAUUCGAACUAAGGUGACAAGCAAUGGUACGUGCACAUUGCACCCCAAGUAUUCUGUAUUCUGUAUUCAGCAUUCUAUGUUUUGCAUAGCACAGCAUGUACUAAAGAGUGACUUCACGCUUUACUUUAUGACGAGAUGUAUCAUUGUUAAUCCUGACAACCCCUCCUCUCUUCUUUCUGUACCCCACCCCAUCCCUCUGAAAAAAUGUCAAUAAAAACCUUAAAUAUGAAAAAAAAAACUUUGUUUUCCUUGAAUUAAACUCAGAGCUUGGAGGAGUGCUUCCUCGCUGUUCCCCAGUGUUGGAAUUUUAAUUGACAUUCCAAUGUAGUCUGUAUGAGGUUCUCCAUAAAGAUUCCAACUUUAUAAAAAAACAUACAAAUAGCAGGUCUGUUUUAAAGAGGGUACAUAUGUCUUCUUAGAAGUGGCAAGGAAGUUGCAAAAGACAUAGAUUUAUUUAUUUUAAAGGACCACUAUAGGCACCCAGACCACUGCAGCUCAAUGAAGUGGUCUGGGUGCCAGGUCCCUCUAGUUUUAACCCUGCAGCUGAGCUAUGUUUCACUGAGGGUUAAUCCAGCCUCUAGUGGCGGUCUCACUGACAGCCGCUAGAGGCGCUUCCGCAAUUCUCAACUGUGAAAAUCACAGUGAGAAGACGCUGACGUCCAUAGGAAAGCAUUAAAUAAUGCUUUCCUAUGGGCGGUUUCAAUGCGCGCAUGGCUCUUGCUGCACAUGUGCAUUCUGAGUUGACGUUGGCAGGGGGAGGAGAGGUCACCAGUGCCGAGGGAGCCUGGCGCUGAAGAAAGUUAAGUGGCUGAAGGGGUUUUAACCCCUUCAGCCCAUCGGGAAGGGGGCCUUGAGGGUGGGGGGACCUAAUGACCCCAUAGUACCAGGAAAACAAGUUUGUUUUCCUGACACUAUAGUGGUCCUUUAAUCUUUCCAGAUGCACUCAGCACACUUCGUUGAUCAAGACGGCAGCCUUGGUUUAAAUCUAAAAUAAAACCCAUACAUUUUGUAGCAUAUUUUAUUAGGAAGGGGACUGGAUGUCUUUACAGGUGAUGGGCAUAUUUGAAUAUUUUGUUUUUAGGAAAUAACAUAUUAUGGACCUUAUUUAUAUAUGAUAGUUAAUAUUUCUUUCAAAUAUUCAUUUUUGUUUUCCAGGGCCCCUGAAGAUGCACCCAUUAAAGAAAAGAUGCUCUUCGCUAGCUCAAAACCAUACAUGAAGCAAGUCCUUUCAGGUAUGUUACAGAUGGUUCUAGGUUCUGCAAUAGCCUAAUACUGCAAACACCUGCUUUAUAUUGUUGUGUAUAUUCAAAUGUAUGUAAAACAAUGAAGGUCCGAUCAGGGCUGGUGCUACCAGAGGGUAACCCAGGCUUUCAGUGCUACCUUAUACCAUUUAAAGAGCAAUGAAUAUGCAAUGUGAGCAGGACGUCAUCAUGGCUGUGUAAGGGAGAGAGCAAUGAGCAUUCAGACAGUCUGUAGACAGUAAGUAUAGAGUUUCUCUAUACUGUAUGAUAUAAUAAAAAAAUUUAAAAAAUCUACUGGUGAUUUCUUUGUAAGGUCAUGGACCUUAAAGGACCAUUCCGAGCACUGUAACAAUUUAAUCUUCAUAAAGUUGUAAUGGUAUCUUACCUUAAGGGAUAAUACCAAUCACAAACGGUUUUACCCCAAAUUGCUGUUGAUGGCACCUGUUCUCCUGGUCCUUCAGACUUCUUCUUUAGCCCCGACAUUCUUAGCCUACCACUGGCUUUCCGUUGAUAAAACAAGCUUUAGAACGGAACAUAUUUUUCUGGAAGGUUCUGCAGUAGGAAACCUUAACUGCGAUCUCAUCACAAAACUCAACAUCUUAAUUAUGCAACACGAACCAGGGAGAUAAGCCAAAGGCAAUUUGGAACCAAGUGCUGUGGGCUGAUGAAUGAAGAUAAAACUGAGUCAGCUGACUACAAUUCCCAAAGGCAUGUUUGGAGAAACAAGAGAACCAUUUGAAGAAAAGAACACCUUGUUACCGGUUUAGUACGGGAGUGGAUUUUAUUAUGCUUUCAAGCUGUGUAGCUUCCAGGAGCAGAUUAAAUAUUCUAAUGGUAAAGAGAAAAAUGUAUUAUACUAAAUAUGAAUAAAUCGCGGAAGCUAAUCUCUCACAGUCAAUAAAUACAUUGAAACUGAAAAGUUUCUUGGUUGAUCUCAAGAAUCCAAUGCGAGAGAGGCAGGAUAAGAAUUUUUCUAAACUAUAAAUAGUAUGUAAGCAGAGUGUCAAAAAAAUUGUAAAGCAAGAACAAAAAGAUUGUUAGGUGGCUACAAAAGACCUCUGGAGGUUGUGAUCUUUAGCCAAAGGCGGUGUCACUAAUCAACAGGGUACCCAACUUACUCAUAUGUCAUGUUUAUGGUUUAAUUAUUUUCAGUAACAUAAAUUCAGCUAAUAAUUUGUAACUGUUAUGAUAUGAUUACAUGAUAUGAGGUGUGCAGAGAUAAACUUACAAUGAAGAUACGUUGCCUGCAUACAAGAUGGUAAAAAAUAAUGGACUGAAAAUAGGGAGCUACCAAAUCACACUAAAAGUCUUGGCGAGAAAGACCUUGAAAAUAAAUAUGGGGAAGAAAUUAGGGUAUAUGGCAUAAGAAGGGAGAUCAUGUGUUGUGUUUGGAGAUAUAGAUUGAAAAGGGAGCAUGGAGAGAGGUCAUAAGAUGUUUGUAUGAAGAGAGGGCUGCAGAGAUUGCAUGAAAGGAGAAAUGAUCAGAAGGUUGAGCAAUGGCAACUGAAAAAAAGCCAACAUGAAGAACGGCAAGGAACAGGCAGAGAUAUACAAGGUGUACAAUUGAAGAACAGUGGCAGGAAGAGUAGUUGAACGAGAGUAAGAAAGAAGGGAGUGUGCAGAAAAAAAUGAGAAAUUAAUUGUAGGCUUGGGGAGACAGCAGGCAACAUGGCAAUGAUCAGGGGACUCCUUCCCAACAUCUGCAAAGAUUAUUCCAUCACAAACUACAAGGAACUGUGACAUCUGAUGUCAGCUAUAAUUUACAUGGGUGUAAAAAGGGGAAAAGCACACCACCCACCCCAAUGGCCAUGAUGACCACUCUCCUCACCGUUAACCUCCGCAGCCCCUCAAAGCACACCCGGAAGCUGCGCGACCCAGGGGUACCAAAUUUUUUACAUAUAUUUUGUGUUUUCGUGAAUCAAGGCUGACAAUUUAUCUCCAUUGUUUCCCUAAUUUUUCCCAUUACCUCUGGCAAGGCAGAAGGAGAUGUUUUGUUUUAUUCUUUUAAGUGUGGAAAUGUGUACAUGAGGUAUUUAUCUUUGUUAUUCUGUAAAAUUUUGAAGUUGACUGGAGACACCGAUUUUUUAGGAAUCUUGCAGCAAAACAAACAUUCUGCAUAAGGAAAUCAGUUAAUCAAUGCAGCAUUGUGAGAGUUAAAGCGCAAGCUGUGCCGCUGAUUAACAGAUUUCAAAGUUCCAUGUGCAUUGCCACAUUUCUGCUCAGUUCUGGAACGUGUAGCUUAGUUAUCAGCUUUCUCCUAAGGAAACGUGUUCACUGAUCUACAACUCCCAAAUACCUUUGCUGUGUCUCCUGAUGACAAGUACUAUUGGACACUAUGAAUUAAGAGGAAGGGACAGAAAAGGAGCCUUAGAAAGAUACAGACAGUAAGGAAGGUGGUACCGAGGACAACAGUUGAAGGCUAAAGUCUUCUCGGUUUACAUGUGAUUACACCUACUGUGUUUCGUACUACCAAAUUCUAGCCAGAAAGUCAGUACGGAUCUCAGAAUACCAUGAAUCUCCUCUGUAAACAAGAAUAAUUAAUGCUGCAAAUAAUUUCUGGGUUGUAUCAUAAGACUUCAGAUUCAUUAUUAUAGCUGGAGCCAUGUUCUAUUAUUAAAAUGUUUGUAAAUUACUCUGUCCUUUAUAAAAACCCUGAUUUUUUUGUCCCCCCAGGAGUCAAUAAGCAAUGGGAAAUUCACAGUCAAGAUGAUCUGACCAUUGAUCAACUGGCCCAGAAACUCUGCACUGGCAAAAUUAAAUCAUUGGAAGGACAUCUCAUAUAGCUAAACCGUGCCACCAAAAAACAAACUUAAAUACAGAACAGUGAUGGCUCACCCUCACCUUAGAUGCUCGUAAACUACAUUUUCCGAGCUGAGGAUCAUGGGAAAUGUAGUUUACAAACACCUCGGGCAAUAAGUUUAGCCAUCAGUGAAAACAAAAAACACAGUCUGCCAAUGCAGUGUGUAUAGAAUGACAGUUUAAAUCAUUUCAUUUGACUGAAGUAUCUAGAGAUUUUUUAUAUAUUUUCACUAUUAAAUCGGUUUUAGGUUGCCUACAUUGGCAAUAUUUUUUAUUUAAAAGAUUCAUAUACCUUCUAGAAUAUGGACACUUCUUUAUUUAUGACUGGCUUUAGCAGAUCAAUGCUGGAACUGAACGGAAUUAAAUGCCAAUUAGGGUAUAAACAUGUAUAGUAAUAAAAUGCACUAAAAUUGCAAUAUUUUGUGAUGUGUCCAUGGAGUCAUAAAUAGACACAAUGGCCUUGAUUUAAUAUUUUUGGAUAAACGUUUUAAAUUAUUUAUCUACAAUAGUCACCAUUAAAGUAGAUGGGGAUUUUCAUAGAUAAAUCAUUUUCAUAGAUAAAUCAUUUGAAAGGUUUAUCCAAAAAUAUUAAAUUGAGAGCUAUAUCAGAGAUAUAAUAGAUAGUACCGCUGACCCACUCAGUGUAACAUAUGGUAAAAAGAUGCAGCUUGGAGGUUCCACCAAGUUCUCACCCUGUAAGAGGUAUAACAAAAUAUAAAGAUUCUAUUCAUUUCACAAGCAGUGCAGUUCUUGAACCCCAAGGUCCAUACUACCAGUGAUAGCAAUACUAGAAGUCUUGAAUGUUGAUUAUCUCGCUAUAUAAAUUUCUCCAUCUUUGAAAGACAAAAGGUAACAGUGACUUUCAUUAACUUCUGUCAAAUUGCAUAAACAUAUUGCAUAUCUUCAGGAUUUUCAAUUAAAACAAAUUAAGCAAUUACAA